AUGCAGGAUGCCAGCCCUAUCAUUAAAAACAUUCUUCUUUUGGACUCAGAAGGAAAACGAGUAGCAGUCAAGUAUUUUUCGGAUGAUUGGCCAACUAAUAGUGCAAAGCUCGCCUUUGAAAAGUUUGUGUUUGCAAAAACUCUUAAAACCAAUGCUAGGACUGAAGCGGAGAUAGGAAUGUUUGAGAAUAAUGUGAUAGUGUUCAGAUUCAUGCAAGAUUUGCAUUUCUUUGUAACUGGAGGUGAUGAUGAAAAUGAAUUAGCUCUAGCAACAGUCUUACAAGGCUUUUUUGAUGCUGUUACUCUUCUCCUCAGGGGCAAUGUUGAUCAAAGGGAGGCACUUGAAAAUUUGGAUCUAAUAUAUUUGUGUCUUGAUGAGAUUGUUGAUGGAGGGAUGAUUCUUGAAACAGAUGGGAGUAUGAUUGCUGGUAAAGUAGUUACACACAACAUAGACGAGGGAUCUCCCUUAUCAGAACAGAUGUCAGAACCAGAUGACUUUGUUGAACAAGAUACCAUUGAUCUUGAAGACAAUGAGAAUGGGAACCAUCUCGCAACUGGAAAGAAUAAGACCAAAAUCUACAAACCAAGAUCGUGGGUGUGGGAACACUUCAAUAGGAGUACUGUUGAAGGUAAACUGAGAGCCGCAUGUGCUCAUUGUGGCGAUAUGUACUUGUGCGGAACUAAAAAUUACGGUACUUCGAAUCUUAAGAAUCAUUUACUUUUUAAAUGUAAAGUUUACAAAUCAGGGGAAGGUCAAACCCAAAUUGCUUUUGAAAAAGGGGAUGAAAGAAAAAUGAUAGCACACCAGUUUAAACAAAAAGCAAUUAAAAAGGCUUUAGCUCAUAUGAUAGUUGUAGAUGAGUUUCCUUUCAGUUUCGUGAAAAAUAAAGGGUUUAGACAUUAUAAUAGCGUUUCCCAACCGUUGUUUAAAAUUCCAUGUAGAAGUACUAUGACCAUAGCUACUUAUGACUUGUUUCUUGAGGAGAAGGAAAAGGUUCGUGACUUUAUUAAAAGAAACAUUGGUAGAAUUUGUUUGACCACUGAUGGUUGGACUUCUACUCAACAAGUCAAUCAUAUAUGUCUCACCGCUCACUUUAUAGACAAUGAAUGGAAGUUAAGGAAAAAAGUGUUGAGUUUUAAACAACUUGAUAGUCAUAAGGGGGUUGACAUUGGAAAAGAAAUAGAGCAGUGUUUGAUAGAUUGGAAAAUUGAGAAUGUUUUUACAAUUUCGGUGGACAAUGCUAGUGCUAAUGAUGUCGCUGUUAAUUUUUUAAGAAAUGUGCUUAAAAGUUCAAACCAUUGUCUAUUGACGGGUCAGUACACUCACAUUCGAUGUGUAGCUCACAUACUAAACUUAGUGGUGCAAGAUGGCAUUAAAAAGGUUGGUAAGUCGAUUGAGAAGAUUAGAUAUGCCGUAAGGUGGAUUAGACAGUCGGGUUUAAGAAUCAAAAAGUUUGCUGAAUAUGCCAAAAUUGUUAAAUGUGAUACUACCAAAAAUUUGAUUAGAGAUGUACCUACAAGAUGGAAUUCCACUUACAACAUGUUGGAAGUUGCCCAAGCUUAUGAAAAUACAUUUCAAAGAUACAAUUUGUUAGAUUCGGAGUUCGGGAAAGAUAUGACAGAAGCGGGUUUUGAGAUGCUUACACGGGAUGAUUGGGCAAAUGCUAGGAAGUUAUGUCAUUUUUUAGAAAUUUUUUAUCAUGUUACUUUGAAGGUUUCAGGCACACAUUAUGUGACAUCAAACACUUGCAUGGAUGAUAUUGCCUCAAUUCGUACACACUUGAAUGAAGCUCUAAACGAUCCUAGUGAAGUUGAACUUUGUCAAAUUGCAUCAGCAAUGAAACCUAAGUUUGACAAGUACUUUGGGGAUGUAAAGAAAAUGAACUUGCUGUUAUAUCUUUCUUUGAUUCUUGAUCCAAGAAACAAGAAACCUUACUGGGGCAUUUUACUUGAUGAUCAUUAUGGAAUGGAUGGGGCUGAGGUUGUGAGUGAGAAGAAGACAUACAUAUUAGAGGCUACGGGAACAUUGUAUAACGAGUAUGUGCGACUUCAUUCUCCAUGUUCAAGUUCCACUACCGGGUCUUCUACUUCAUCUACAAUAUUAGGGAAACGUUCAAACCCCGAUGUUAUGGAGGCAAAAGCCCCCACAAGAAACAAACUAAGAGAGAAGAUGAAAACAAACACAAUUGAAUCCAUUAGUGAGUUGCAAAAGUACUUGGAUGAAAGUCUGGAAGAUGAUUCAUCCAUGUUUGACAUAUUGGCAUGGUGGAAAGUUAAUAGCCCAAGGUUUCCAACUUUAUCGUUGAUGGCCAGAGACUUGUUUGCAAUUCCAGUCUCAACAGUUGCCUCUGAAUCAGUGUUUAGCACUAGUGGAAGGGUUUUGGAUCCAUUUAGGAGUUCCUUGACCCCUAUGAUUGUCGAAUCCCUCAUUUGUACCCAAGAUUGGCUUCGCACUGGGUCAAAUGUGAACCCACCAGUUGAGGAGGAUUGGGACAAUAUUCAAGAAAUUCAUAAAGAAUUGGAAACAAGAAUUGUUGGUUCUUCAAAUGUAGAGUGA